UUGUACAGAAUGCAAGCAAAUACUGUCCAUAUUGGUAGUGGUCCCAGAGCGAGAUUUAGACGCUGAUGGUGCCCCAAAGCUUGGCCAUUGGUUCGUCUCGUUUGAUAACAAAUGCGUGAGCCUUCAUUUGAAUCCAUGUCUCUGAAAUACCGAACGGUAAUAUCCCGCAAUAAUCAACCUCUCCGUCCAAGACCCCGAAAACGGGUUCCGAUGGAAUUGCCCCAUGAGAAGUUGAGGGCAUGGGGAAGCAUUUUCUUGUGCUUGUUGGCCUUGGCCUUUUACUCCGUGUUGAUGAUUUCUCCAAGCGAUUUCAACGAUAUCGAUAAGGAUUAUCUUGGAUCAAUCAUCAUGAUUGUGUCCGUGACAACCAGAUCAUUCUUGGGCUUGGCAACCGAAUGCUUUUCCAAGAGUGCCCAAAGCUUCUUCAAACAUCCGGUGUUCAUUUUCUUGAGGGCUCUGUCUGAUUUCUCCAUCAUGUCGUGCUGUAUUUAUGCCAUUAUUUCAUUUGCCGCCAGCCUUGAACGCUGAUCUUGGAAUUGAACGCUGUAAAAGUGUCUUCAAGCAUUAAAACGUUUGGAGGUA